AACGCUGUAAUUGUUGAAAUCAUAGGCAAAAUGCUAAUCAAAAAGUUCGGACUUAUUUUAUUUUUCUCAUCGUCUCAAUCCGAAAACCUAUUUAGGCCAAACUUGCCUGCGGGCGAAUAUCGCCUGGUGAUUGAUAAUGUAUAUCCGUGUGAAACAACAAAAAACCAUCCAAUUCAAUUUAAUUGGUAUUUAAGUAAAAAGACAUCAAGCAUAACGGAGUUGAAAGGCAAUACGACAUUAUUGAUACCUUUCGAUGAUACUCUUACUAUCGAUUAUAACUUUGCAUCUUGGGGCUCAACUGGUGGAUGGGUGCCAAACGCACAUAUUCUCAAAACAAAAAAGGCAUGCAGUAAUGUAAAACAUCUCAGUGGAAAUGCAUGGCUUAACUCUAUGAACGGUUUCAACAUUCCAACUUAUAAAUGUCCAAUACCAGCGGGCACAUAUAUUACGUCAGGGAUCGAUAAGAAGAAAUUUGAAGAUAUGAACUUCCCCAAAACAUAUUUUUAUGGAAAAUAUAAAGUUGUGUGUCGAUAUAAAAAUUUGAAAAAUGAAGUAGUUGGCUGCGUUGUUGUCGAGGUUAAUCUUAUACGUCCUUGGGAAACACCAAUUUGAUUACUGUAUAUGACAUAAUAAUAUUAUAAUAUGUUAUUAACUUGUUAUGAAGAUUAUGUAAUAAAUAUUUUUAACAGUCCCAACAGUAACUGAUUUAAUUUACAUUCUAAGGAGGGUUGGGGCAAUAUCCUUUUGGUCCAUAAAUUGUAUUUUUGACUAUUUAACCACGUAAGCCAAAUACUAUAUUAAUUAACAUACGGCCAUACGAGACAUAUAAUGAUAAUUAUUGUAGACGACCUAGCCCGCUGA